UAUAGAUUUAGCAAGUUCUAUUACUGCAUCCAUUCUGUUUUCUGCUGUCUUAAUUAGAUUUAUACAUUGAUCUGGUUGUAGGCAUUAAAUUUCCGGUAAACAUUCAGUGUUGGCCAUCUUAUUUCUCUUUUCGUUUUCUUGUGUUUUUAAUUUGUCUUGACAAAGAUUUCUCUUAAUCAUGUUGUAUUUUAAUGUGCUAUGAUGUCAAGGUAUGUGCAGUUCUGCCAUCGGUAUGACAGUUCCUUCAUUCUUGGUCAAACGAUGUUAGACGGUGUUAAAGGAAUACUAUACUGCAGAAGGAUUUACCCCAUGUGUUAGAAUAAAUCAUGUUGUAGAAAUGUCGUGUUAUAUAUGGGGACUACCUAUAUAUAAAAGAUACCAAAGUGGAUUUUGCACUGAAUAUAUGGUUCCAGUUCUAAAGCAAAGGACUGAAAGAGAAGAUUUCUGAAAAAGAGAGUACAUGUACUCUGUUGCUACAUCUCCUGAUGUACUUACUGGUCAUUUUACAUUUUGAGGGUGAUAGGAUAUAUUUUGAUUUUUCUUAUAACAUACUUGAUUAAGCUUAAGUGUAUCAGGAUACUUGUAAUUGAGAAAAGGAGUGUUCAUUAGAUAAUGGGCUGCCUGUGUUAGUAGCAGAAAUUUAAAAUUAGGCAAGAAUCAGCCUUAUGUUAGUUUUUUUUUAAUAAAAUCAAAUUAGAACUCCUCCAAUUUUUAAAUUUUAAAUUUAAAUGCCAUUAUUCAAUAUACUAGUUACUGAGUGAGCUAUUGAAUUUUUAUUCUUCUUUUUUUGAAUAAAACAAUUUCAACAGUUUUCUAAAGAUAAUAGCAAAAUUGUGAUAUCUUUUAAAUCUUUGUAAAGUUUUCUGUUUGAAUCUUUUAUUAUUUUUGAUUAUGUGUAAUUUUUUUUAAUUGUACGCUUUUUGGCUUAGUGAAGUGCAUGCAGGUCACUUACUAAGCAAAUUCUUUCAAUUUAUUUUCUACUCACAGCUGCUGCCGAUUUUAUUUUAUAUUGAAUAUUUUUUAUACUUCAGAUGUAUCUUGUGUAAAUAAUUUUGCAAUAUUAUGUUAAUAAGCUUCAUAUUCUUUUCCCCUCCCAAGGAAUGGUAUUUAAAAUUUGUGAAGGAGGAGUGCUAUAGUCAUAGAUCCCCUGCAAAAGAAUGUGCUCAUCUAUUAAGUCAACUAAAAUUUGAAGAUAUAACUGCCAUUAUGUCAUCAAAAGAAUUCCAGCUGCCUAUAUUAGAACAAUGUUUGAUUUUAGGAGCAAAAUGUAUUGCGACUUCAGAAAAAUAUAAAUCUUCAAAAUCAGAUGAUCCAUUUGUUGGUGUUACAGAAAGUGCUGGAAGUAUUUUAUAUCGUUCUGCUCAGAGCACUUUGUUGCAACAUUUAACUGAUUUUAUGGCACUUUUACCGAGGACAUCAAAAUUCCAGAAUCGCUUGUAUAAGUUAUUUUCUGACAAGUCAUUUUGGGAACUGCUUUUCGUUCUCGUAUCUACUACUACUUGUUAUUUAAAAACUCUUCACUUCAUACCUGCAAGAAAUAUCCCAUAUGAUUCAUUGGACGAUAUUGCAAUUCUGAGUAUUGUGAGCUGUGAGGCUGUUGUUUUCAUUAUUCAGUCAGCGAAAUCUCUGUCAUCAGAAAUGUUGAAGCUAACAUUACUUAUGCUUGACGAAUGCUUGAAAAAUGCAGAACUGUCAGCUGUCAUAGGCUCAGAGAAAAAUAUGUCAUGGAUAUGCUCAGCUAUAUUUGCAGUUCAUCUAUUGGUAAAAUACUUGCAGCAAGAUAAGGAAUAUCCUAUGGUAGUAUACCCUUUCAAUUUAGAGGAUUGCUCAUUAACACAUGAACAAUGCCUGGCUCGUAAAGCAUGUAUUCAUAUAGUUGAAUUGAUCAGCUGGUUGGAAAGUUACAGACAGUUCCAGUUACAGAUCUCCGAACAUUUGUUUUGUCCUAUAAAAAGUGUUAUUCAAGGAAUGGCACGACUGCCAAUAAUUAACAGCUUUGCUCGAACACCACCCAUUUUGUGGCAGCUAAGAUGGUGUCCUGAAUUUUGUGGUAGUCUUAAAACUUCUGUUCCACCUCCUCCAGGUGAAUAUUUGCAAGACAGAGAUGUUUUGAAGCAGUAUAUUUAUAGGAUAAAUCUUCUUGGGUGGACAUCGAGGCAACAAUUUGAAGAAACUUGGAUGGCAUUACUAGGGGUUCUCAGUGCAACUCCUGUUGAUGAUGUAGAUGGCAAAGAAGAGGAUCAAGAAAGAAUUAGGACUAGUUGUUUAGCUGUUAAAAGCAUUACAUCACUUCUUCUCCAAACUCUUUUGUUGCCACAACCUGGAAACCCUCAGAACAGUACUUAUUUAAAGCAACCCAGAGAUAAGCCCUUGGCUUUUCAGCAUACAAAAUGUGGGAAGAAGCUCAUGUGUGUUAGACUGCCCAUUCAUAUUGCACUUCAAAAUAUUCUUCAGUUUGAAAGGUAGUAUUGUUUUCAAUGUGUUAUAUGAGGUAAUUUUAUCUUUGAAUU